CACUGCCAUGUCCGAGAUGCUGCCUUUGGAGUUACCACAGCUCCUUCCCACUCAUCUCAACUGGGGACGGUGAUAGAGAAUACGUUCUCGUGCCCGUACCAGCUUCGGCUCAUCAGGAAUUCCAUUGUCUUUUUUCGGUUCACGACAAUCCUAUAGAUUGCAUUCGUAUCUACACAAUUGACGAGGAGGCUGCUCCCUCUAUUGUUCGAGACGUGCGCAUUCACCUAAUCUGCGCUUUUUUCAGAUGGUAGGUAAUGUUCUGGGACAUCUCUCGAGCUCGGAGACAAUUGUUGAGUCAACAUCCUCCAGGUUGCAAUCAGGAUGCGUCUCCACCCGGUUUCAACCGUCAACGCCAGAACCAUCCCCUCUCCGGACCGCGUGAGCAGCCCUACUGGGGUAGGCAGGAUCCCAGCCUACUACUGGGGCUGCUUAUCUGGCGUCGACCCAACAUGUCGAUGAGCACGGGAGGAUUGGAUCAAGGCCAAUUAUUCCCUCCCUCGACGAAUCCCGCAGAACAAAACUUGUCUGCCCCGACUCCAGGAGUGACCGCCAACGCAUCGCUCACACAAAAUCAACCAGCAAAAUACCUCCCAGCCCAACAAAGCCAUCCACCGGUGCUGCCCCAAUCGUACCACCAUCCACUCUACAGGACCCAAUGCUAUCUAAUGACCCGAACUGCCAAGCUCUUCAAGGGUUGGCGAGACGAUUGGUAGAGGUCAACUCUUGCUAUUGGGUAGAAGAUAAUGACGCUGUCUCGAGGGACUUCGGAGGCUUCAUCGGGUGCGUCGAAGGACAAAAGGAAGGAGAAAGACGGACUAGUGGUGCGUCAUCGUCGCUUUCGUUUAGCCAA